UACUGCACAGCUCCACUUCCAGCUUCCUCAAGGCUGCACCUCACGCGUUCUCAACAUGGAAUUGCAGGAUAAUCCCAUACCAUGACUGCCGACCGUCGAUAACACCAUUCGUGAACCUUGCUCCCAAAUGGCUUGAGCCAGACAUUAACUUGUCUAGGCAACCACACAGCCCUCCACCACUCCUGCUAUGUCGCUGACAUUCAAACUCCUCUCCCUCGUCAUCCGCACCGCUGCCAAACCCAUUGGAAACUACAUCAAACGCCAAGCUCACGACCACGAUGGCUUCCGCCGCUUCGCCAUCAACCAAGCCCAGCGCGUCCACCGCAUCGACAUGCGCAUGCGCCUCGGCCUACUCCACGACCCCGAAGCGCAGCAGCGCAUGCACGAGCGCGAGCAAAAGGCGGCCGAGGACAAGAAGCGCAAGGCCGAGGCGCCCACCGUGAGAAGCGAGGAGGAGCAAAAGAAGUACGACGAGCAGAAGGUGAAGGACGAACAAGAUGGCAAGAGGAAGAAGGAGGAGAAGCCGAGGAUCAAGAUUCGGCCGCUGAGUGAUGCGCGAGCCAUUGAACUCGGCGCCAACUUCUUCUCGGAGACUUUCAUCUUCAUGGUUGCGGUUGGCUUGUUGCUCGCGGAGAAUUUCAGGAGUAGUCGCAAGGCGAGCAGCCGUCGGGAUGAGAUCCAAGAGCGGUUGGAUACGCUGGAGGAGGCGAUGGAGCAUUUGAGGAAUCAGCAUAACCUCCCUGAGCUGGAAGCGUUGAAUGAGCGAAUCGCCAAAGCGAGAGAAGCGCGAGCCAGUUGGUUCAAUCCGGCUGGGUGGUGGCGACGUACCGAGCCAGAGGAGGUCGACAAUGCUGCUGCGCAGAGCGAGAGCGCCAGCAAACCCAUCCCAGGGAAUGUGCCCGGUCCCCCUCCGGAACAGUCGGUCAAGCCAACAAACACCCCCAAUGAUUCGACAUCUCCAAAAACGCAACCAGCGCGAAUCAACGCUGUGGAAGCGACGAAGAAGUCAAGAUGACAUAUGUAUACAUGUAGUACAAUGAGCACGGCAUAUCCGGCAGGCGAGCCUGAAUUGCGGCCUGACUGCAGCCUAGGCACGUGAUAGACCAACCUCACCUCAUCCCGAAUCCUUUCAUCCAACAUUAUCUUCUCAGCAACGUCGAAGGACAGCAAAGAUGUUCUGCACCUCACUCCGUCGGCGUCCGCACAUGCUACCCCUGAUACCGCUUCUCACC